UCACAGCCAGACACAAGCAGACUGGUAACACACUACGAGAGGGGGGAAAAAAAUCUGUGGAAUUGGAAUGAGCUGUUUAAGGGAAGCCCUAGCUAGCCUCCCUCUCUGAGCCCAGGAAGUGGGAAACGUGAGAAAAGCUGUGCCUAUUCUCUGUGAGUAGUUCUGAAAGGAGCACGAGGGGAAAAUACCAUAUCUAGAAACCCCUGGAGCUGUGACUGUCCUGAGGAGAACACUCCCCUCACACAUACUCGCCAACGGACUGUGGAGGCGUGAGAAGAGCCGUGGAGAGGAGCAGUUGACUUCAACCAGACUAAAAACAAGGAAGAGGGUAAAAAAGAGAGAGGGGGAGGAGAAUAAGAUGGAGGGCUUGCUUCCUGUGUUGCAGCGGCACCCUGGACUGUCUGUGUUGGUGUGCGCUCUGAUGUUCCGGGUGGCCCACCGACUACUACAGAACCUGCCUGUGCCCAAAGUGGUGAAGGUGGAUGACUUCCGCUCCUGGAAGUGGAGGAACCUCUCGGUCUCUAUGGUCCACUCCCUCCUGACAGGGACUUGGGCUGUGACCUGGUGAGUCACUCUCUGCACUGGGACACCAUUGUUCAUUCAUAGUGGAUCCACAUGAUGUUCUGUUAUUUAAGGGUGUGUGGAGCAGAGCAGUAACAGUCACUGGCAGGGGAGAUGAGGAGAGGGAUGUUCAGACCAGGGAAGGGGUGGGGAGACUAAGGCAUUCUCAAAUGGGGAGGGAAAUGCCACAGUACUGCCUACACAAUGGCCUCCUCAGGAAAUAAAUACUUGUUGAGCUCUGCAAUACCACAGAUAGAACAAUGAGACAGAUAUUUCACCAGAUGCAUAAAUGUGAAGCAUCGACUUGGUGUUUCCACUCACUACCAAAUAUGGUAGUGAUAGGAAGCCCUGUGGCCGGCAGUGGGAGAAGAUGGAAUGAGAUGGAUUUUGGCCGACAUCGUGCAAAUUUAGUCAUCGACUAAACAUUUGAUCUCAAUACAGUUUUCUGUUCCCAAAACUAGAAUCUGUUACGAACAGAGUGGACUAAGUUUUCUAGACUUUACCCUUUGCCAAAGUCUUUUUUUAAAUGGGCUGUUUAGGAGUGCAAAUCUGAAUGGAGUUAUUGUGCACUUCACAGAGUAGCCGUUCCCUACUGGAAAUAUGCAAAUGUAUGCUAGAACGUGCCAAUAGGAUCUUGCUAGCUCGUGCUUGGCUCUGCCCACCUCCUUGCGUGUUCUGCCCACUGACUCAUUUGUUCGCAUUUGAAAUUACGGGUGGUGGUCUAUCUUGGUUUAGUUAUACAAUUCUUUGGCAAUACUGCAUAGGCAGCAAGAUUGUGUUAAUUUCAUGCUUGUAGUUUAGAAUUGCUGAUUAGGGCAGUAAAUGUUCCCAUUUGUAGUUAAUAACUAUCAAUAUGUGCCAGAAGUUAUUGCAAAUUAGCCAUAUAUUGAGUCAGCAACGAUGGUGCCUGAAUCAGAUUCAGAUUGUAGCAGUUUAGAAAGCACAUCUGUUUUGACGUAAGAAAAGUAGGCUAUUCUUGAGAAUCCACUCAAGUCAGUUAGCCUACCUUUAUUGUCACACACCAUUUGACAAAUGAAAAAAAAAAAAAAUAUAUAUAUAUAUAUCACAGUUGAAGUCAGAAGUUUACAUACACCUUAGCCAAAUACAUUUAAACUCAGUUUUUCACAAUUACUGACAUUUAAUCCAAGUAAAAAUUCCCUGUUUUAGGUCAGUUAGGAUCACCACUUUUAUUUUAAGAAUGUGAAAUGUCAGAAUAAUAGUAGAGAGAAUUAUUUAUUUCAGCUUUUACUUCUUUCAUCACAUUCCCAGUGGGUCAGAAGUUUACAUACACUCAAUUAGUAUUUGGUAGCAUUGCCUUUAAAUUGUUUAACUUGGGUCAAACGUUUCCGGUAGCCUUCCGCAAGCUUCCCACAAUUAGUUGGGCCCAUUCCUCCUGACAGCGCUGGUGUAACUGAGUCAGGUUUGUAGGCCUCCUUGCUCGCACACGCUUUUUCAGUUCUGCCCCAAAUGUUCUAUAGGAUUGAGGUCCGGGCUUUGUGAUAGGAACUCCAAUACCUUGACUUUGUUGUCCUUAAGCCAUUUUGCCACAACUUUGGAAGUAUGCUUGGGGUCAUUGUCCAUUUGGAAGACCCAUUUGCGACCAAGCUUUAUCUUCCUGACUGAUGUCUUGAGAUGUUGCUUCAAUAUAUCCACAUAAUUUUCCUUCCUCAUGAUGCCAUCUAUUUUGUGAAGUGCACCAGUCCCUCCUGCAGCAAAGCACCCCCACAGCAUGAUGCUGCCACCCCCGUGCUUCAUAGUUGGGAUGGUGUUCUUCGGCUUGCAAGCUACCCCCUUCUUCCUCCAAACAUAACAAUGGUCAUUAUGGCCAAACAGUUCUAUUUUUGUUUCAUCUGACCAGAGGACAUUUCUCCAAAAAGUAAGAUCUUUGUCCCCAUGUGCAGUUGCAAACUGUAGUCUGGCUUUUUUAUGGCGGUUUUGGAGCAGUGGCUUCUUCCUUGCUGAGCGGCCUUUCAGGUUAUGUCGACAUCGGACUCGUUUUACAAGAAAUGUGUGGAGUGGUUGAAAAACAAGUUUUAAUGACUCCAACCUAAGUGUAUGUAAACUUCCGACUUCAACUAUGUAUGUGUGUGUAUAUAUAUAUAUAUAUAUAUAUUAGAUUAUGUAUGUGUAUAUAUUAGAGUAUGUGUGUGUGUGUGUGUGUAUAUAUAUAUAUAUAUAUAUAUAUUAAACGAUCCAAUCAUUAGAGUGGUGAAAUAGCCUAUUUCAAAGAGAGCAAGUAGGUGAACUGGAAAAACCUGCUGGCUAGACUGUUCUAAAAGCUGUUAUGUGAAGUGGGGACUCCUGAAGGACUACAAAUCGAUCCUCCAUUUAGGGUCAGAUCAGAGCCAUAAAUGAUUUCAUUGUUACACACAUUUUUGUUUAUAUAUACCUAUGCUAUUUGUAUAGCUGACUACAACACAUACAUGCAUACAUACAUACAUACAUUGGCAGGCUAUACAAUAUAGGCUAGUAAUAGAUGUAUCAACAGUUGUUUCAUAAGAAAGUGAAAGCAGUUUUAUUCAACAAGCUGCUUGGACAAGCGGUUGUUCAUGUAGCUCACUGAUUAUUGCCAUACACGUGUUCACCCUGACCUGCUAGAAAGCACCAGGUUACUCAUUAACAAGGGAAUGUACUGUCUUACCAUAGACUUUGCUAUAGACCUUGUUAAGGCACGUAUCAUCUCGUAAAGAAGCAGGAGAAUCUGUUACCAGUUAGUGAUGCUAAGUGUCUGCUUAGUCAGGCUAUUCUAGCAGGGUUUCCCAAACUCUGUCUUGGGGCCUCCUCUGGGUGCACGUUUUUGUUUUUUGCACCCAGUACCGAGUUUGGGAAACCGUAUGCUACAGAAGUGAGCCAUGUGUGUCUGAAUGAGAGGAACUCAGACCUAACUGUCCAUAAUCAUGUAUCCCUCUCCUCUCCAGUGUGAUCAUUUGGCCUGAAAUGGCAACCAACAUUCACUCCUUCUACACGGCCCCAGCCUACAUGCUCAUCUGCAUCUCAUCAGGUCAGUCACUACCCCUUUAAGAUGGCUGCUAAAAGAGCUGUGUGUGAAAGCGUUAAUUAAUUCCCAGUUUACCUUUAUUUAACUAUGAACAUUGACCACCACUGGCAUUGGAGAGUAGGGUUCAUCGUGGGGAAUCUGUAAACAUGCUACUUUGAUACUCACUCACUCCAAUGUUGAACUUUGUUAUAAAGGCUUCAGUCUGGCUUGAUCAAAUAAAAUAAAGUUAAAAGGCAUGGAGUGAAUUCUGAGCACGUGCUCACACAGAACACACUGUACUUUCCCCCUCCAUCCCUUUUUCCUAGUAAAAGCUGGUAUAUCCUGGGAAACUAGAUACUCUCCCACCUUUCAGUGGCAACCAGAUUGAGAGAAUGAACAAUGCAGAUCCUCCCAUCUCACGGGGCUCAAAUAGGGGAUGAGCCACACCCUCGGAUCGCUAGGUGCACCAAAACAAAUCCCACAAAGAUCCAGCAGUCAAGAGCGCUGCUGAAAGAUGUGAUGACAAGAUGUGACUACUGUUGGAUGUUAUUAUUCCGUGUGUCUCGCAUGCGUGUGUAACUGAGGAUGGAGGUCUGAGGAGAGCCAGCCUGACAAACACAAACCUUCCGUUCCCAUGAGACAGUUAGCCAUAUAUAGACGUUCACACAACUCAUUUUGAAAUCCAAUCUAAAGCGAUUUUCCCUGUGUUUGCCUUUUAAGUGUAACACAAACGUUAACUAGGAUGGACUAUGCCAGUACAGUCCAAUAUUUUUCUCUCCACUGAUGUACUUAGGACAGGGAAGUCCUGACCAUUUGUUUAUGGUACCACAAUUAUCAACCCUUUAGAUGGCCUCCAUCCAUUGUUUGGACCUCCGAUAAGUAAUCCAUAGAAAUAGAAUCUCAGGCUCUGUUCCAAUAUUCACACUAGCAUAGAAUUUGGAAUGAAGCAAUGUAUUGGGCAUGCAUUCAAAUGGGUAUGUUGGUAUGCACAUUGGAACGUUGGUAUGCACACCUGACGGGUGUGGCAUAUCAAGAAGCUGAUUAAACAUUGGAAUAUAUCUGCACGUCGACUCGGUACUGGUACCCCGUGUAUAUAGCCAAGUUAUCGUUACUCAUUGUGUAUUUAUUAUUACACAUUUUACUUUUCUAUUGUUUCUCUAUUUUCUUUCUCUGAAUUGUUGGGAAGGGCCCGUAAGUAAGCAUUUCACUGUUAGUCUACACCUGUUUAUGUGAUUAAUACAAUUUGAUUUACAACACUCCAAAAGGCCUUGAGAGACUGAGGCAUUGAUCUUUACUCUCCUUUGACAGGAUACUUCGUGCAAGAUGCAGGUGACAUCAUCCUAACUGGACACGCAAGAGGAUCCUGGGAGUUCUUAAUUCAUCAUUUCCUGGUAAGAUAACUGACCUCAGUCUGUACCUGCUACCUGGUAAGAUAAAAUAAAAAAGAGGCCGUGGGUAAAUUGUUACAGCAGCUACUGGUAGAUUGUGUCUGAAGGUUAGAUACGCAGUAUUUUAAUUCACUGGUUUUGUUUUAUGGCCUUGUGAAACCAGACUGAUCGCUGCGCUCACGCUUUGUUUCAAUGAACUUCACUUGAAGUGAAACAAUGUGAGCUGUGAAGGAAUUUUAAUAUUGUAUGGUGCUAAGAGAUAUCACACUCCUCCUUGUGGGAUUUUGUGUCAGUGGUGGAAUUUCAAAGGUGCUACAGAAAGGGCCUAUUCUUUAAUCUAAAUUAAUGCUCAUGUGUCCCUGACUGCAAGGGAAAGGGGGAUACCUAGUCAGUUGUCCAACUGAAUGCAUUCAACUGAAAUGUGUCUUCUGCAUUUAACCCUACCCCUCUGAAUCAGAGAGGUGAAGAGGGCUGCCUUAAUCGACAUCCACGUCUUCGGCGCCCGGGGAACAGUGGGUUAACUGCCUUGCACAGGAGCAGAAUGACAAAUUUUUACCUUGUCAGCUCGGGGAUUCGAUCCAGCAACCUUUCAGUUACUGGCCCAACGCUCCUACCCGCCAAGACAACACCCACCAUUGUGUGGGGGGAUGUAUGUUACGUUGAACACAGUGCAUCUUGCCACUGAUCAGAGGCACACAUCGUGCUGAGCUUCCCUGUGUCUCUGAUCAGUCAGUGGGCAUGUAUGUCCCAAUAUUCAGAUCUUCUCUAACAUGGCCCAUACUGGAACACCUAAAGGCCACUAGUUGGUUGUUUUUUGGGGAUCCAUUAAUCAUACAGUACAUUCAAUAUAAAUUGUUAUAGAUUUUCCACCAGUUUUACUAUUGCAAAGAUUACGGUAUCCCAAUCGCCUUACUGCUGUAAGGUGGCAGAGUGCCAUUGGUAUAUAUUAACCCCUUUUCUCUCUGUCCUUCCCUUCCUCAGGUGCUCUGGUGCUUCCUGUAUUCUCUGUACUCGCACCUCUACGUGGCCGGUGCUGUGGUGGCUCUCUUUGUGGAGGUUAACAGUGUCACCCUGCAUUUGAGGCUAAUGUUGAAGCUAGCAUCACAGCAGUCGUCUUCUCUGUACCAAAUCAACAAGUUCCUCAACCUCUUCACCUACGUCGUCUUCCGCCUCAGCGCACAGUUCUACCUCACGUAUUACAUCGUCCAGAACUAUUCCUGGAUGGACAAAGGAGGCUAUUUCCUGGUUACCAUGACCCUCAUGAACACCAUGAUCCUGAUCUACUUUUAUCGUCUUCUCCGGGCCGACUUCUUCCCCCCGAGCAGGGCUCACAUGGAGCGAAAUGGCACCCACAACAACAACGUCAAAAAGUUCCUCAAUGAAUGACACCGAGAGCGACAUGGCCGUAUAUCGGCUGUUGUGUUUGGUGUGUUUUGUUUUUUGGUUUGUUCGGUUACUGAUAU